AUGAUGGAGUUCUUCGACAGGACAGAAACUAGGACCGGCUACCCGAACUCUUUCAGGAUUUGCAAAGUAGUGUUUGCGAUUAUAGUCCUCAUCCAUUGGAACGCCUGCUUCUACUUUGCAAUCAGUUAUGCGAUCGGGUUCGGAUCCGACAACUGGGUUUACAACCUGACAGGGUUCAAGAACUCAUCACUCUCCAGGCAGUACAUAUACAGUUUUUACUGGUCUACACUCACACUGACUACAAUAGGAGAAACACCUCAACCGGAGAACGAUAUAGAAUAUUUGUUCGUGGUAGCUGACUUCUUAGCUGGAGUGCUGAUCUUUGCCACGAUCGUAGGUAACAUCGGCAGCAUGAUCUCGAAUAUGAACGUGGCCAGGGUUGAAUUCCAGAACAAGAUGGAUGGCGUGAAGCAGUACAUGGCCUUCAGAAGGGUUUCUAGGGAACUGGAAGCCAGGGUCAUUCGAUGGUUCGCCUAUACCUGGGCCAAUAAACAGGCUCUCGAUGAAGAUAGGGUUUUAGCUGCACUUCCUGACAAGUUGAAAGCAGAAAUUGCUAUCCAUGUUCAUCUAGACACGCUCAAACAGGUCAGAAUUUUUCAAGAUUGCGAACCUGGUUUGCUUGAGGAACUAGUUUUGAAACUUCGUCUUCAGGUUUUUAGUCCUGGUGAUUACAUAUGCCGGAAAGGAGACGUCGGCAAGGAAAUGUACAUCGUAAAGCGUGGCCGAUUAUCCGUCGUAGCCGACGACGAGAAGACGGUACUCGCGACCCUCGGGGCUGGCUCCGUCUUCGGAGAGGUCUCCGUCCUGGACAUAGCGGGCAACAAGACUGGCAACAGGAGGACAGCCAACGUCCGCUCCCUUGGGUACUCAGACCUCUUCUGUCUGGACAAGAGAGAUCUUUGGAAAGCGCUUGCAGAUUACCCGGAAGCUAAGCAGAGUCUAAUGGAACGCGGAUGUCAGAUACUGCGUAAAGAUGGACUCCUUGAUGAAGAUGCUUUCAAGAAGGCUCAAGAAGAAAACGAAACCCUCAAAGAAAAAGUCGAAAGAAUAGAUCGACUUGUCGGUAAUUUGCAAACACGAUUGGCUAGACUUCAAGCAGAAUACCUUAGCCAGCAGACCAAACUCAAACAGCGUCUUUCGAGGGUGGAACGAAGAGACGGUUCCAACCUUGUUCAGCAGGCCAGCCUGAGCUCCGCUGAUCAGGAACGCAGGUUUGAUGAUGAGGUUGACCAAGAAGCACUAGCAUCCGCUCGGCUGGUAAGGAGAUCAUUUCAGGGCCUGGUGCGUGGAUGCAGAGGAUCCAGCCUAGGACCCAGGUCUAGGCAGCGGAAACCAAGCACAGUAUAGCCAGUAGUGAUAGUGGUGUUACUGACCGGUGAAUUGGUCUAACUCUAUCCUUUGUCGAACAUUAUCUCAUUAGUGAAAACCAUUUUCUUUUAAAUUGAACUUUUGCAACGACAUGUUUUGAAUAAGUUGUAACCACCAGCAAUAAACUGGUCUUAAACUAUCUCCGAUGUUUCAACAGCAGUUUGCUGACCUUGCAGUAAGGUAUAAAUUCAAUAUUUUAUGUAUGAUCUUUAAAAAAAAAUAUUAAAAAUUUAAAAAAAAAAUAAUAAUAAUAAGGCAAGAGACAUGGGUAAAAAACAAUGAUUAUUUAUUAAUUGUAAAAACUGUCUCACUUUAAGACUGUAUUUUCAAGAAAACGCCAUAUCAUUAAUAUGAGAUCAAUUUGAUUAAAACUAUUUAAUCUAUACUGGAAGCAACCUAAGAAGUAUUAUUUAUUUUUUUUUUUUUUUUGAAUAUUGACAUUUAUCAAAAGUAGAGAUAUACUGCAUAUUCAAU